AUGAUCGGAAUCGGUGGUCGGAUAUCAGCUAUCAUACCCAUUCUCGCGUCGGCGGUGGCUGUCGCGCUAUCCAUCGUGCUCCUAGCCUCUGGCACCAACACUAGCAAUGGAAAUACCAAUUACUGGCUGUCGUUGAACACCUCAAAACUUGGUCAACAACUCAUCAAAAUCGAAGCUGCGAAUAACACAAAUGGCAACGGAAACGGCGGCGGUGGCGGCACUGGUCUGCCCGGACUCCCCGGGCUACCGACCCCCACGAUUCCAGGUAUCAGUUCGCCGAGCGGCAGCGCAAGCGAUCCCACAGGUAUCACGAGUGGCCUUAAUGGCAUCUUGGGUGGCCUGCUUGGCAAUUUGACCAACCAGCUCGGUAGCGGUGUUCAGGACAUCGAGGGACAGCUGAUGGGCAACUUGACACAGGCGUUGGGUGUGAAGGACACUUACAACCUGUUCCUUACCAAGAUGUGCGAGGGCAACUACGUCAACGAGAACGACCCCAACACCAAGACCUCAAUCUCAUCGUGCUUCAGUUACGACUCCAAGGGACAAGGUCUUCGAAACAUCACUGAUUCAAUUCCAUCGUCGUUUGUCAUUGCGACCGCCAAUGUCUCUGUACCCCUGAUUUCAGCGAUGAGAGGUACCAUCGACCAGGUUGUCUCCCUAGCCAGCGGCGGCGCGAAGGCUAUGACGGCUCUCCUCGCCAUCGGUACCAUUUGUGCUGGAAUCACUCUUCUCGCGACCUUACCCAUCAUCAUUGUUGGGUUCCUGCGCGUUCUUGUCAUCACCUCACUCAUCUUUUCCAUGAUUGCGGCAACUGUCCUACCACUCUUCGCUGCAGUUGUGACUGCGAUCGUAGUGGGAGGCCGGAAAAUGCUUGACAAAGAAGGUGAUGCCUUCGGUAUCCAGAUCAAGCAAGGAGGACCUUUCAUCGCCAUGUCUUGGGUGGCUGCAGUUGCGUCUAUGGCUGCUUCUUCCUACUGGUUUUCGAUGUGGUUCGUCAGCUUCAGGCGAACCGCCUUCAGCAGGCGUAAGCGUACUGAGAGCGAGAUUGGCAACUGGAGGGGUAUCUUCCGCGAGGUCAAGGGUGACUUGAAGACAUGGGAGGGUGGAGAGAAGUGA